UUCAUCUCUCUCUCAAAAAAUAAUAAUCCAAAAGUCUCUUUCUUAGUUAUUGUUUCAUCAUACAAAAAAAGCUCAAAUUUUCUUGAACUCAGUUGUUAUUUUCUUGAAAAAUUAUUAUGGGGAGACAACCUUGUUGUGACAAAGUUGGAUUGAAGAAAGGUCCAUGGACAACUGAGGAAGACAAGAAGCUCAUUAACUUCAUUCUCAAUAAUGGACAAUGUUGUUGGAGAGCUGUCCCUAAACUUGCAGGGCUUUUGAGGUGUGGAAAGAGUUGUAGAUUGAGAUGGACAAAUUAUUUAAGGCCAGAUUUGAAGAGAGGACUUUUAUCAGAAUAUGAAGAAAAAAUGGUGAUUGAUCUUCAUGCUCAACUUGGCAAUAGGUGGUCAAAAAUAGCCUCUCAUUUACCUGGAAGAACCGACAAUGAAAUCAAGAAUCACUGGAAUACGCACAUCAAGAAGAAGCUGAAGAAAAUGGGCAUUGAUCCAAUCACUCAUAAGCCACUCUCCACCAUUACUAUUGAUCAUACAAACAUAUUAGAACAAGAAAAUCAACCAAUUCAACAAGAAAAAGAUCAAGAUAUAUUAUUGCCACAUAUGGAUAUUGAAAGUAGUCCAAUUGAUCAAUCAGCUAUUACUGAGAUCAAAUCAGAAGACGACGAUAACAACAACAACAACAACAAUAACACUAUGGCGACGAGUUGCGCGAAUAAUGUUGACUCAACCAUAGUGGAAGUCAACAAUAAUGGCUUUUGUAUUGAUGAAGUUCCAUUGAUUGAGCCCCAUGAGAUUUUAGUCCAAGAAUCAACUCCAUCAACAUCAUCAUCUUCAUUUUCAUCAUCAUCAUCAUCCAACAUUCUUGAAGAUUUGAAGUUUUUGCCAAGCUUUGAUGAAUGGCCAUUGAUGGAAAAUAAUAAUAAUAUGGGAUUUGGAUGGGAAAUGAACAAUGAUUUCAGUAGCACAUUGGAUUUCUUGCUUGAGGAUGAUAAUAGUGACAUGAUGAUCAAUAAUGUCACAUUUGAUGAAUCUUGGAAGUUUGAGCAACUCCUGUGAUAUAUAUAAGCUUAUUCAAUACGUGAAGUUUAAUUCCAAGUUUCUCACUUUUUGUUAAUAGUAGUUUUAGUUGUUGCAUGCAGUUAAAUAAAAAGUAAAAAAAAAAGGUAUAUGGGAAGAAAAAUACAUAAAGUCCCAUAUCAAAUAUUUGUUUCUACUUUUUGUUGUAAAAAAUCUCUUUAUUUUCUUCUAAUGUACAAAUCAGAAUAAAUUGCUGAAUGAAAAGUUAUAUAUAUUCUGAUCAU